UUUCAAACGUAAGAUGACGAGAAAAUCAUAGUCAAAAUUACAGGGAAAAACGAAAAUCUGCCGUUCUGCGACAAGGAAAUCUCAAAUCUCAGGCUUUGUAUCCACAUAUAUAAUUGCCCAAAAUUCUCGCCCAGCCCUUGAAUUUUGUAACAGAACCCUCUCUUCCCUCCCUCGAAUUUCCCCCUUUCCCUCACACUCUAACUUACGCCCAAAGCUUCUCCCUCUGAUACCCUUUUUCGUCUCCGAUUGUCGGUCGCCGGAGGUAUUUUCAGCUGCCGUGAGCUUCUGAGAGGCCAUCCUCAGGUGGGUCUUCAUGGGUUUCAUCUGAUGUUUCUCUAUUGAUUAGUUUAUAUUACGUGGUCAUUAGUUUCUGGAGCAUUCUUUUGGAGAACUUGGUGAUUAUUCAGUGAUUCUAUGAACAACUAUUGACUUUUUUGGCAAAUGAUUGGGUUGAGAGUUAUUUCUUUCAGUUUCUUUUGAAAGCUUAUAUAACUGACUAGUAGAGAUGAACGUAGUGGGUUUUGAUAUUGGAAAUGAGAAUUGUGUCAUUGCUGUGUCGAGGCAACGUGGUAUUGAUGUCCUGUUAAACGAGGAAUCACAACGAGAAACACCCGCAGUGGUAUGUUUUGGGGAAAAGCAGCGGUUUUUGGGGUCUGCAGGUGCUGCAUCUGCUAUUAUGAACCCGAGAUCCACAAUAACUCAGGUAAAGAGAUUGAUUGGACGUAACUUUGGCGAGCCAGAUGUUCAAAAGGAUCUCAAAAGGCUUCCUUUUGAAACAUCCGAAGCCCUUGAUGGCAGCAUUUUGGUUCACGUGAAACACUUGGGGGAGACUCAUACAUUUACUCCAGUUCAGAUCAUGGCAAUGCUCUUUGCAAAUUUGAGAGACGUAACAGAGAAAAGUUUGGGAACACCAUUUUCAGAUUGCGUUAUUGGCAUUCCAUCGUAUUUUACAGAUUUGCAGAGACGUUUAUAUUUGAAUGCUGCUGCUAUUGCUGGUUUAAAGCCUUUGAGACUCAUGCAUGACUGUACUGCAACCGCACUUAGUUAUGGAAUUUAUAAAACCGAUUUCUCAAAUCCAGGUCCUAUAUACGUUGCUUUUGUUGAUAUUGGUCAUUGUGAUACCCAGGUCUCUAUUGUAUCAUUUGAGACUGGACAUAUGAGGAUAAUGUCACAUACCUACGAUAGAAAUUUAGGAGGGAGAGAUUUUGAUGAGGUUUUGUUCAGCCACUUUGCUGCGGAAUUCAAGAAGCAGUAUGAUAUAGAUGUAAAUUCUAAUGUCAAGGCUUGUAUCAGAUUGCAGGCAGCUUGUGAGAAGCUGAAGAAAGUUCUGAGUGCAAAUUUAGAGGCACCUCUUAAUAUUGAAUGUUUGAUGGACGAGAAAGACGUUAAGGGAUUUAUCAAAAGAGAAGAAUUUGAAAAUCUUGCUUCUGGGUUAUUGGAGAGGAUUAGCAUUCCUUGUACCAGAGUCUUAGCUGAUGCAGGAUUAACUGUAGAAAAAAUCCAUUCUGUUGAGCUUGUUGGAUCAGGGUCAAGGAUCCCUGCAGUAACUAGGUUAUUGACUUCUGUAUUCAAGAAAGAACCCAGUCGCAAACUUAAUGCUAGUGAAUGUGUAGCGCGUGGCUGUGCUCUACAUUGUGCGAUGCUGAGCCCAGUUUUUCGGGUCAGAGAUUAUGAGGUUCAGGAUUCAUUCCCUUUCUCCAUUGGGUUCUCAUCAGAUGCAGGCCCAAUUAGCUUGGAUUUAAAUAGUGUACUAUUUCCCAAAGGCCAGCACAUUCCAAGUACUAAAGUUCUGUCAUUCCAGCGUGCCAGUUUAUUCCAUUUAGAAGCCGUCUAUACUAAUCUGGAUGAACUACCUCCUGGCACGUCUUCAAAAAUUGGCUGUUUUACAAUGCAGAUUGGUCCGGUCCAAGGUUCUAACAACUCGAAUGCAAGGGUUAAAGUUAAAGUCCAGUUAAAUAUGAACGGCAUCAUUACUGUUGAAUCAGCUAUUUUCGUAGAGGAUAAUGUAGAUGAACAAAUACCAAAGAGAGAUGCUGCUCAUUCAAACACAGAAAAAAUGGAGACCGAGUUCGAGGCUUCUUCCUGUUCCGAGUCUGAUGUUUCAAGAAAAGCUAGGAGCACAAGGAGGAUUGAGAUACCAGUUAGUGAACACAUAUAUGGUGGAAUGACCAAGGCUGAGCUCUCAGAAGCCCAAGAAAGAGAACUCCAACUUGCCCAACAGGAUAAAAAUAUGGAACAAGCUAAAAAUAAGAAGAAUGCUUUAGAGUCAUAUGUCUAUGAGAUGAGGAAUAAGCUUUUCAACACAUAUCGGAGUUUCGCUAGUGACCAAGAGCGAGAAGGCAUCUCCUCAAGCCUCCAGCAAACAGAGGAGUGGCUAUAUGAGGAUGGAGAUGAUGAGACAGAGAGUGCUUAUUCUUCUAAGUUGGAUGACCUUAAGAAGUUGGUGGAUCCUAUAAUUAACCGAUACGAAGAUGAAGAAGCAAGAGCACAAGCUAAAACACAUCUGUUAAAGCGUAUUUCCGAUUAUAGGAAAACUGGGGAUUCACUUUCGCCUCAAGUUCGAGCAUUGAUCCUCGAUGAGUGCAACAGAGCAGAGCAGUGGCUAACAGAGAAAAGCCAACAACAAGAGUUGUUGCCAAAAAACACUGAACCUUUGUUAUGGUCAAGUGAGAUCAAAACUCGGGAAGCGGAUUUCGACAAGAGAUGCCAGAGAAUCUUGGAUCCUAUGUCUUCUCAGUCACAUUCAGGAGAUUCCAAGGAACCAAACCAUCAAAAUUCUUCUGACAAUCAUUCUUAAAAGGCAAAAACAUUGAUUUUUCUUAGGAUUGAUCAAAGAUUAUGAUUAUUGUUCCUCUCACAAAAGUGGAUCAUAUCUCUUGCCACUGUUGCUAAGUCAGAAUGAAGGAGGUGAUGACAGAUCCAAGUAUUAACCAAAUCGGCUCAUGUUGUCUUUU